UAGAGAGACUAUAAUUAUUGUGAGCAUAAAGUAAAAACUAGUAAGAAACUAAGAGAUUAGGGGCUUACCAUCGACCAAAAGGUUGGUGGUAGCCCCUAGAAACAAGAAUUUUUUUUAGGGUUUUUGAGGAGGAAGAGAAAAAGAGGAGAGGCAGAAGUUGUAUAAAGUAUUUUUAAUUGCUUCAAACAUAACUAUUUACCCACUAUCAAAGAUUAUUCCUUUUCGUAAAGCUUAAUCCCGUGCAUUAGUAUAGGUACAUUCUGAUAUCUUUAAUUAAGAAACUUGAACUAUUUCUUUAAUGCUAACAUAAAAUGUCAAUUGACAAUCAAAUUGAUUAAUUAAUUCAACCAAUUUUAUUUCUCCAUUAUUUUUUUUAGGGUUUUAGGUCUAGUUUGGAGGGAAAGAAAAGAAUAUAUAAAAAAAAAAAGAAAAAAAAAAAAAAAAAAAAAACUCCUGAAACCUUUUUUUUCCUAUCCAAAAUUCUGCAACUCAUUCUCCCUCUCUCUAAAACCUCUCAUCUUCAAACUCCAUAACCAUGUCUAAGCUCUAAGCUCAGUUUCUCUCUCCUCCUCCCCAGAAAAUUCUGGGGAUGUUAAAUACUUUACCUAAAAUGAAAUCCCUAAUUUCUCCCAAAACUUUCUCUCUCCUCCCUAAAUCAUCACCUUCCUUCCAAUUCUGUUUUCAGCGCCCUUUUUUCCUCCAUAAAACCCCUAAUUUUCUCUCUCCUCUUCCACCCUUUUCCCCAAUGUUGCGUACUCUUCGUUCUUACGCUUCUUCUUCUUCUCACCAAGCGCAGCAACAUCCUUCGUCUUCGCCGCCGCCGUCGUCUUGCGGUGAAAUUCAUGUUAUUGUGGGCCCCAUGUUCGCCGGAAAAACUACCUCCCUUCUUCGCCGUAUCCAAUCAGAGUGCAGCAAUGGCAGUUUUCAGGCUGCACAAGUGAAGAGCUCUUCCCUAGUGUUGGAUAAAACAUUGAAGGACCUUUGUUACUCUGGAAGAUUGAUGGAAGCAGUUGGGCUACUGUGCCGUUCUGAAGCAAUUGUGGACUGGCACACUUAUUCUCUCUUGCUGCAAGAAUGUAUACAUGGAGGGACAUAUGAGUGGGGCAAAAUAAUUCAUGCCCAUAUGGUUAUUGUUGGGUUUACUCUCAAUGAAUACCUGAAGACCAAAUUGUUGAUUUUGUACUCUAAGGCAGGGAAGUUGGGGACUGCCUGCAUUCUCUUUGAUGAAUUGCUAGAGAAGAGCUUAAUUUCAUGGAAUGCAAUGAUUGCUGGGUAUGUACAGAAAAGCAUGGAAGAUGUGGGAUUGAGUCUGUAUCACAAGAUGAGGCAUAUUGGUGUGACUCCAGAUCAAUUCACCUUUUCAUCUGUGUUCAGAGCAUGUGCCUCACUGGCGAUUCUGGAACAAGGAAGACAAGCCCAUGGUGUCAUGGUAAAAUGUGGAAUUGGGAAAAAUGUUGUCGCUAAUAGUGCACUCAUGGAUAUGUAUUUCAAAUGCAGUUGUUUAAUUGAUGGACAUCAGGUGUUCGUUAAAUCUUCUGAUAAGAAUGUAAUCACUUGGACCGCCCUCAUAUCUGGAUAUGGACACAAUGGAAGGACUGGUGAGGUUUUGGAUCUUUUUGACAAAAUGAUAAAAGAAGGUCUGAGACCUAAUUACGUCACUUUCCUUGCUGUUCUUUCUGCUUGUAGCCAUAGAGGUCUUGUUGAUGAAGGUUGGAAAUAUUUCUUACUAAUGAAGAAUGACUAUGAGAUCCAACCUCAUAGAAAACAUUAUGCCGCUAUGGUUGAUCUUUUAGGACGUGCUGGGAGGUUAGAAGAGGCUUAUAAUUUUAUUAAUAGCUCACCUUGUAAGGAAAAUUCUGUGGUCUGGGGUUCUUUGCUUGGAGCUUGUCGUCUUCAUGGUAAUGUUAAGCUGCUGAAAUUAUCAGCAAUGAAAUUUUUUGAGUUGGAGCCUGAAAAUGCAGGAAAAUAUGUUGUUUUAUCCCAUACUUUUGCCUCCCAUGCAAUGUGGGAAAAUGUGGCUGAGGUUUGGGGUUUGAUGAGAGACUUUGGGGUGAAAAAGGAUCCUGGAUAUAGUAGAAUUGAGCUCCAAAAUGAAGUCCAUUACUUCUAUAAGAGUGACAACACACACAAAGAUACUAAAGAUAUAUAUGAAAUGCUUAAAGUUUUGACUUGUGCACUAGUGGACAGUGAUUACAUUCCAGACUUAAGUUUUGAGUAAUCUUAGUUGUACAACUAUCAAGAUUUUCAAGUCUCAGAAUUGGUGAUAUCAUUAAAGGGUUGCUUUGCUGGUUGUAUGUGAGCAAUCUAAAACAUGUAAGAUAAUUACCUUUUCUCUCUUGUUUUGCUCAUAUUUUUCAUUUCAGCCAACUUACCCGAAUCAAAAUAAUGACCUCUGUGUAUAUCUCAUGUUUUCAAAGCAAAUCACUUGGAUGCUAUGCCCAACAACUCUUCUGUAUCCUUGAAAUCUUUGGCAAGUAUUAUAGGAAUGGAACCUCAACUAUUAAGGUUAGGUUAAAAUGUUAUGAGGAUGAGAAAUAGAUUUGUUGAGCCUUUGGAACCUCCUCUACCAGUCCCCCCACCCCCCCCCCUCUUUUUUUCCGCUCUUUCAUUCUCCUUUCCCAAAAAAGUGAAGGGUAGUCAAAGCAUAUUUUGUAGAGCAUUAGAGCUGUAUAAGAAGUGAAAUCUAAUCAUUCAAGAAGUCAAGAAAUCUCCUAAUAUAUACGAAGUAUUUUGGAUCGGAUUAAUACCUUUUUCCUACUGAAAUCUGAGCACUGUAUCUUAGAAUGGCACGGCCUUACUGACCUAAAUACAAACAUCAUUUUAUUUUCUGCCCAUAGUUUCAUUGAGUUUGAGCUAAUAUUUUGCUGUUGCGAAAUUUUCUUGCCUUGGAUAUUUUAAAUUUUGGCAUUCAGGAUGAAUGGAA